CAUGCUGUCUACCACAACAACCACCUCACAAGUGGAUACAUGUUAAGCUACAAAACAACAGGGAUUUGUUUUUCUUUUUGGCAUUAGAAAUUUCACUUGUUCAGAUGUUUGACUAUUAAGACCUGGCAUGGCACAACAGAAUUACAGAACUUUUUUUCCAUCUGCUUGACACUUGACACCACAUGGUUAUUCCAAUAUGUGAGCUGCCUCAAGCCAUCGUCCCAUGUUUCCAGCUCUAUCGUCUCUGCUUGAUUUCACUGCUGUUCCAGUGUUGCUACUUCUGAAAAUUCUCUUAGGGGCUUUGUACUAAGUGGCCUUUACCACUGCACUUUGUCAACUUAAGGAGGGCUCAGAAAACGAAUUGUUGCAAAGAAACUUCUUGAUGCUGUUUGCCACAUAUAGUAUGCUGCAAAUAAGGAAUGGCUUUCUGAAGCACAAGAUCUACUUUCUCCACUAAAAAAUGAAAUAUAAGAGCAAAAGGAAAGGACGGCAUUUUGAUCACCUUUUAGAAGGUGAGCUACUUAAAUGCAAGACACCCCGUGUCAGCCACCUCCAAGACUGACAGGGACAACUGCACCCUGUCCAUGAGAGUAAGCACUUGAAAUGAGCUCGCUGGAAAAGUGCCACACAGGCCAGCGGGAAAGCAUGCAGGGCCACCGUAAAUACUCUGAUGGCUUCAGUGACACAUCCAGCUGCGGCAGCUUUAUGGAUGACACGGACAGGGAGGUCAGCAACCUUACCGAUCGUGCCUUCAGGAGCCUGUGCAUUGGAGAAGAGGCCAUUUACAAUGACUCAGAAUUCUCUUCAUCUCCUACCGAACGACAUAAAGCAUUUGCUGAGGAAACCCAACAAAAGACAGCAUCCCAGGAGACAUUUUCAUAUAGCAUUCAGAAAUAUGGGGAGACAGACGCACAGCCCGAGAUGACCUCAACAUUCCAGCAUUCCUAUGUGGAUGUAACCCAUCAGGAACAGGCUUUCAGAGAAGGAAGCUUGCCUUACAUGAACAAUGGCUCCAAUGAGGUGGCGUGGCAGCAGGGCCGGAGCUCAUCUAGAGUGUCAUCUCUAAUCAAAGCCUUUAGUGCAGGGGAGUGUUACCGUGACAGUGGGACAUGUGACAUUAUUCUGGCAAGAGAAAGGUACAGAGACUUUGGCAGUGAAUCAUGGGACAAAUCAGCUCUGCUGAGCAUCCAGAGGGAACUCUCUGACUUUUCAGAAAACCAUCAUAAUUUUAAGCUGGGCUCUUUUCAGUCUUACAGAAACAAUGUUUAUGCAUCUGAAAUGGCUAGUGCAGUGGGCCAGAUGGACACAACUGUCCUGAUGAAAACCUCGAAAAGUAAGUUGACAAUGAACUCCACAAACUGUUUUUUUCAUAGUGAAUUCAGUCCCUUUCAGCUGUGGGAAGAAUACAACAGAUUCUCCUUCGAAAGUACAAACGUGUCAGGGUUUAUGUCAGCUAAUGAAUUCCCAAGGUGGUAUGAUUCUCCCAUGUACAAAGAGCUGAAAGACAACCACAGAGUUCCUAACUCUCUGUGCGAAAGUAGGAGCUUAAGUCAGCGACAAAUUCAGGAUGUUGUGGCUAGUCAGCGCUCCAGGUCCACGGUCAUCCAGAAAGCCUCUGCAAUUGAGAAAAGGUGCGAAUCCGAGAUAGCAUCCAACUACCCACCCUGGAAGAAAAACAACAGCUUUGUAAGGAACAAACCAGUCAACCGGCCCUCCACGGUCUCACCUUCUAAUGAGAGGACAUGUAGACCGGAUUCAAACUUAUUUAGCAAUAGCAAAGUAACACACGAGAUAGUGGUUGAAAGCACCCUGCCUAGCAGUGUGACGCCAUUCAGUAUCACUCAGCUUCUCACACCGGUCAUUCACACAAGACAAGAAACAGAGACGUCUGAGAUCCUGCGGUUUGCACACACUCCUUCUGUUUCUGAUUAUUCCUCGCAGAGUGAAGCUGACCUUAAACUUCAGACUGAUGUCAAACAUCUGCGUGACAGCUACAAAUCCAAAGCUUCAAGUCUUCUGUUCAACCUCAAAGACAAUCGAAAAAGAGUAAAGAGUACAUACAGUCCCACUAGAUUUAAAGGGCUAGAAAUAACAGACCGAAAUAAGCAGACCUCAAAGCUGGAGGGCCGGGAAUCCAGAUUUUCAGAUAUAUUUGUAUCCCAAGAAACUGCUCAUGAGAAUUUGUCUGGAACGGAUGCACGGGCCUCAUGCAACUCAAUCCAAGAGCCCAGUGCAGCCCCUAACACCCUUAAAGAUUAUACUGAUGUCUUUGGAUCAUAUGAUAAUUUGACAUUAACUUCACCUCAAAUUCAGGAAAGAGUAGCUAAUUACAAAUCAGUCUAUGGAAGUUCAGAGGGUCACUCUCCCAGCAGAGAAUCGCUGGCUAAUGUAGGGCUCUCAACACACAAUUUAUCAGCACAGCAUAAAAGCUCUCUGACUUCAGAAGGUCAAUUAAAAGACCUCAACUAUACUUUUAGUCCUGCAAGGCCAGAAAUAGCAAACAUGCUUCCAAAGGCUUACCCUCCAACACAUUCUCUGCCCGCUCAGACAUCAGAGCAGUACGGCCAGAGUGAUAACUUGAGUCAAAAUGAUGCACAACAAAGAAAUGAUUUUGGAAGAAAAACUUUUAUUGAGCAUAGCCAAAAUGAGGCUGUUAAAGAAAGAUGUCGUUGGGACAAAUUUGAUUCAGUCAAGGAAAGAGACGACCGAUCUGAAUCAGGGCCAUUUAGAGGAGAAAUAGCAGCUCUGAUUGAGAUGGACAAACAGAGGAAGGCCACCGCCAAGCAAUAUUCUGCCAAUGAUAAUUAUUCUGUUCGAAAGGAAACUUAUAUGCAAAAAGUGAAUGAAGACAUAAAACUUGGUCGACUUUCAAAGGAGGAAGCGAAAGAGAUCAGAGAAGACACUAUAUCACCCAGGAAAACAUUUUACAGUGACAAUCAAUUAAACACAUUUUCAAAGCAUGCUGAAUCAUAUGGAAUUAUAAAAAAGCAGAUUAUAACACAUCCUCCAAAAGAAGUCUAUGGUGGUUUACAAAGCCUUAAUGUAACAAAUGAUCUUGUUAAAGCACCAGAACAGAAUGUGUCUUCUAACAGUAUGGCAAUGCAAAAGACAUUUGAUCAGAGAGUGUAUGCACCUUUACAAGACCAUAAAGCCCAAAAGAAUGAAGAACUGUACUCUUAUCAGCCAUAUAAGUAUGAGCGUAACAAACAGUGGCACAUGGCAACAAGUGAAGACAGGCUCACCAAGGAAAGCAUGUGGAUGCAAAAACAAUUAGAGACCAUGGAACAAACUGGUGCCAAGAGUUAUAAUGUUUCUAAUACAUUGUCAAGUACAACAGAGUUCAUUACUAGCAAAGGUGCACCAAAUCCUGGAUUGCAGGACAGAGAAUCAGCCAUCAGUCAUCAGUCAUCAACUGACAUCUCAGAUCAAAAUAACUCAACUAAACAAGACAGGUUCAGCAUUAAUGAUAUUCUUGCCAUCAGAGAUAACGAGCAGGCAAGAAGACUAAAGGAAAAUUCAGUAAGUAUGUCUAAAUCGGAAAAUUCACAAAAUCAAGUUAAAUUGGAUGCAGCUGAAAAACUAACCACAACAGAUCCUGCUAAGGAGCAAGAACAACAAGGCUACAAAGUGCAGGAUGUUAUAAGUCCAUCACCUGGCUAUAUUAGAAAGGAAUUCCACAAUGCAACAAAUAUCAGCAAUGACAGAAAAGAUAGAAUAAUGAGUAAAGACACAGACAAGGUUACAACAAGAGCCAUGUCUUACAAAGAAAGAGGCCAAAGCAAACAAGAAUUACUGACGUCGAAAUUGAAAGCACAUGCCCAAAAGGAAAUAUCAGCAAUUAAAGAAAAGGGACUUGCCAAACAAGGCAUUCUUGCAAGAAAUACAACAAAACCAAGUGUGACUAUCAAUAAUGAUGGCCAAGAAGGUCAUUCAAUUAAGAAGGAAAUCACAGCAGACAAGCUAAAUCACCUGUUUCAAGAUAUCACUUAUUCCAGUGUAACCCAGUACAAAGAGCAAAAUAAAACACAAGAUGAUCAUCUCAAGAAUGAGUCGCCACCAUCAACAGAAAAGCAACCUCUAAAUGUUGAAGAUAAUCAGAAAUCACCACUUGAAAUGAGGAACGAAAAAGUAAAAUGUAUACCUUUGGCUGUAGAAAGGCAAAAUGACAAACAUCCAGCUGAUGAUAAAGUUUUAAUGAAAGAAACAUUUUCUCAUCAAGGAGGUACAAUAGUGUCAAAUAAGAGAAAUAAUGCCCAGAAAGACUACCAGCAACCCAGAAUCUUUGAAGAUAAGCAAAUGAUUGUAACAAGCUCAGAGGAUAUAAACACUAACAAGGAAUCUCUAAAACAGAGUCACGAGUUGAUGUCAGGUCAUAUGACAACUGCACACAAACCUGAGAAAUGCACAUCCCAAAAUUCCCCAGUACUCUAUAAUGAAAAGCAAACAUUUCAACAUGAUCAGAAAGAAAAUUUGUAUGGGAGUAGUCAAAGUAAAUAUACUGAAAAGGCUUCAACUAAACCUGCUGAUACAACCAAAAAAGAUUUUGCAAGCACAGAGGCUUCAAAAUCUACCAGCAGUUUGAAUAAAAAUGACCUUUUGGGAUUGGAGAGAAACAUGCCAAGAGUUGAGGAACUUAAUGUACAUCAUAAAAGUAAGAUUGAUGCUGCAGUGGAGCAACCUAAAAUUGAACCAAUCAAAAAUAGCUCCGAGAUUACAGCUAGUCAACUGACAACCUCAUCAAGUGACAUGAAGUUUAAAAAUGGAAUUCCACCUGCUAAACCACUAACCGAAUCUGCCAAAUCAGAGCUCACCUCAAACCUUCAAACCAUUACGUUAAGUGCAGAUGUAGAGCAGCUUGUAAAUAGAACCUAUAAACAUAAUUCCGGGGUCAGUUCAGAUUCAGAGGCAUCAUUGAUGGAAAUUACAGCCAAAGUCAAAUCUAUGCCAACAAACCAUUCAGGAUCACAAAGAAUCAUGGAACCAGAAACACUCAAAUGUAUUAAUAAUAAAAAUGAUCAAGCAUUAAUUAUCAAAAACAAUUUGACACAGGAAGAUGUUUUAUUUAACCACCAAAACAAUCCAUCGCAAGCAAAAGCUAAAGAAAGUACCACUGCUAACCAAAUCAAGGACAAUCAGUCAAAACUAGGAAUAAGUAAAGAAUGCCUAACACAAAUCCCAUCAGUUAGAGCAAAAGAAAACGGUUUACAAAAAGAACUCCAUCAAGACGAUGAAAAUACAAAGUCUCUGCUAUGUUUAAAUAAUGAAGACAAACAAGCAUUAAUAAUCAGAAACAAUAACAUAAAAGAACAUAUUGUGGAUAACCAACAAAGCAAUGCAUCUCAAGGAAAGUCUUCAGAAACUACCACUGCAAACCAAAUGGUGGACAGUCGGUCAAAACCAGAAUCAUAUAAGGAAUCACUAAAACACAAGUCUUCAGCUAAAGCAAAAGAAAACUGUGAGCAAAACAAACUCCAAAGAGAUGAAGAAAUUACAAAGUCAUUGCUAUGUUUUAACAAUGAAGAUGGACAAGAAUUAAAUAUCAAAAACAUUAAAACAAUGGAAAAUGUUUUGGAAAACCAACAAAACAAUGCAUCACAAGCAAAGGCUGCAGAAACUACCACUGCAAACCAAAGAUUGAACAGUCAGUCAAAACUAGGAACAAGUAAAGAAUCGCUAACAGAAAUGGCAUCAGGUAGAACAAAAGAAAACUACGAGCAAAAAGAACUCCACCAAGAUGAUGAGAAUAAAAAGUCUCUACUAUGUUUCAAUAAUGAAGAUGGACAAGAAUUAAUGAUCAAAAACAUUAAAACAAAGAAAAAUGUUUUGGAAAACCUACAAAACAAUGCAUCACAAGCAAAGGCUGUAGAAACUACCACUGCAAACCAAAGAUUGGACAGUCAGUCAAAACUAGAAACAAGUAAAGAAUCCCUAACAGAAAUGGCAUCAGGUAGAGCUAAAGAAAACUGUGAGCAAAAAGAACUGCAUCAAGAUGAUGAAAAUAAAAAGUAUUUGCUAUGUUUCAAUAAUGAAGAUGGACAAGCAUUAAUGAUCAAAGACAUUAAGACAAAGGAAAAUAUUGCAUCACAAGAAAAGGCUGCAGAAACUAUUAUUGCGAACCAAAGAUUGGACAGUCGGUCAAAACUAGAAACAAGCAAAGAAUCCCUAACACAAAUGGCAUCAGUUAAAGCAAAAGGAAACUGCAAGCAAAAAGAACUCCAUCAAGAUGAUGGAAAUACAAAGUCUCUGCUAUGUUUCAAUAAUGAAGAUAGACAAGGAUUACUGAUCAAAAACAUUCAAACAAAGGAAAAUAUUUUGGAUAGCCAACAAAACAGUGCAUCACAAGGAAAGGCUAUAGAAAGUACCACUGCAAACCAAAAGAUGGACAGUCGGCCAAAUCUUGGAACAAGUAAAUAUACACAAAUUACAUCAGUUAAAGCAAAAGAAAACUGUGAUCAAAAAGAACUCCAUCAAGAUGAUAGGAAUAAAAAGUCUAUGCUAUGUUUCAAUAAUGAAGAUGGACAAGCAUUAUUAAUGAAAAACAUUAAAAGAAAGGAGGGUGUUUUGGUUAACCAACAAUACAGUGCAUCACAAGGAAAGGCUGUAGAAACCUCCAUUGCAAAUCAAAAGAAGGGCACUCUGUCAAAACUAGAAACAAGUAAAGAAUCCCUAACACAAAUGUCAUCAGUUAAAGCAAAAGAAAACUGUGAGCAAAAAGAUCUCCAUCAAGAUGAUGAAAAUACAAAGUCUUUGCUAAGUUUUAAUAAGGAAGAUGGACAAGCAUUAAUAAUCAAAGAUAAUAAAACAAAGCAAAAUAUUUUGGAUGAUCAACAAAGCAACGCAUCACAAAGAAAGUCUCUAGAAACUACCGCUGCAAAUCAAAUGGUGGGCAGUCGGUCCAAACAAGUUUCAGAUAAGGAAUCACUAAAACACAAGACAUCAGCUAAAGCUAAGGAAAGUUGUCAUCAAAAAGAACUUCAUAAAGAUGAAGAAAAUACAAAGAAUUUAGUAUUAUUUGACAAAAAAGAACUUUCUAAAAGUCAAAACAUGUCCAGAAUAAUAGAUGCUUCAGCAACUGUAAGUAACAGUCAACAGGUAGAGAAAAGGCCAGAAAGUGCAAGUCCAAAACAAAAAGAACUUCCUAGACCAUUAGUAAAAUCAAAAGAGAACAACAAUCACAAAUCAACAGAGUCUCAAGAGAAGAAUCCAAGCUAUUCUGAACCCCAAAAAGCUAAAGAUAAACUAGAACCAAAUGUUUCAUCCCAACAUAAAGUAAAACUAGAUGAGGGUGCAGCUCAAAAGGACAAUACACAACCUGUUUCAACACAGAAUGUAGAAUCUACAGCAGAUGUAUCAAACAUUCUUACACCCAGCAAAGUGGAGUCUGUAGAGGAGCCGAUGAUUUACAAUAUUUGUGUGUCAAGCAAAACGGAAGCAGCCUCAGAUGAUGAGCCCAUGAUCUACACUAUAUGCGUGUCAAGUAAGUGUCAUAUUGAUGAGCAACAAAAUUCAGUCAAACAAGAAGAGGAGAGUUCUGUUGGAACUGAAAGACGUGUAAAGGGUGACAGAGCAGAAAAUGAGCUUGAGGUUGUUCGCAGAAAGACUGAAGUGUCUUCAAAUGUUGAAGAAAAAGAAGACAAGAUUGGAAAAUGUGAACCGACGGCAACUAUGGAUGAGUCAAAUGUCAUGGGAAGAAUCACUACAUCAUAUGAGGACCUCUUAGCUAAAUAUGGGCUUCCGGCAAGUGAUUACCAUGGUCAUCUCAUGUCAAAAUGCACUCAAGAAGAGAGAGAGAGAAAAGAAAAGGAGGACACUGAAACUCAACUCUCAAACAAACCAAUAAAACAUGGUAUUACCAAACCUCUGGCACCCAAAGAAAAAAGCUCAGGUGACAAACAAACACAUUCAGAUGACUCAAGGCAAGCUUCCAGUCAGAAGACGUCUGUUACAAAUCAACCAUUAAAGGAAGCUGAGGGAAAAAUCAAGCAAUUGCAACACUACAAUAUCCCUUCAAACAACAUCGCUGAAAAGCAACAGAGUUCAGGAAAUAGUAUACCAAGCCUUGGCCAUUCUACCAGUGAUACCACCCUAAUACCAAAAAGUAGAAAUAGACAUGUUGAACAAGACAAAGAUACACAAAAAAUUGAACUAUCAAGUCAGAGUAGGGGAAGCAAUAUUCAAUCGAAGGAAAAGAAAGUUGAAGAGCAAGUAAGAAAGAGUGAGAAAGUACAAAGUAUGAAAAAGACAGGAAACAUUAUUGAUGACGUAUCUAAUUCUACAAAGUCCACAAAGAAAACAGAGAAUGAAUGCCUAACGGCUAAACAAUCUGUAAUGUGUGAAUCAACAAGAGCAGCAAAAUCUGAUGUUAUAAAAACAUCCAUUUCUAACACAUCCUUGGCAAAGGACACUGCCAACACCGAGCUCAUUGAAAGUAAAAUUCCCAGAAGGACAAUACCCCAAGCUGAAAAGAAGCUUAAAGAGGUGGAAGAUGAAGAGAAACUGUUUAAUCAUACUGAUACAUUAAUGCUACAUCAGAAUAAAAUACACAGAAGAGAAAGAUUUAUUUCAGAAGAUCAGAAAAGUAUUCACGAGGCAAAACAACUGGCUACUACAAUUGCUUUGAAACAAGAAUCUGUCUCAAACAAAGAUACCCGAACUCUGCAAAUUAAUGGAAAGGGGAAUUUGGAGGGGAAAAGGUCACAAGAGAAGUUACAAGUUGAAAUGAACAAGAGUCAUGAAAUUACAAACAAGAUGAAGAUGGUUUCAAAAGAUGCCGCUGCAACACAUGUUAAUAAUUACAAGGAGCAAGUUAGCAGUAUUGGUGAGGAUGUGUGUACUGUUGUAAAACAAGACCAGGCCUCUUUUGAAGCCCCAAAAAUUCACUUAGAGGACAUAAAAGUGUCUACAGAGGAAGUGUCAUCAAACAAAGAAUUCAUGGUAGGCCACAAAAACCAACAUGAAGUGAUAAAGAGGAAAACUCUACAAGGAAAGAAGGGAACUGUCGUGGCUGAACAUGUGAGUGAAAAAGACUUUGCAGAGCCAAAGAAGUUACCAAUAAAGACCCUUACAGCCCAAAAUGAACCCAAAACUGUGGACAUUAUGAAAGGGCUCUGUGAAACGGCACCCAACCCACUUAAGAAAGAUUGUCCAAGUGAAUCAGAAAAUCCAGAAAUUAAUGCACAAGAUGAAUCAGUUCAGUCUCGAGAUCUAAAAGUCUGUGGUAGUAAACAAUUUGCACUGAAUAGUGAGGAAAAGAAGAAAGAACAGCCUGUAUUAAGUCAGAAUGGACAAAAGGAUGUUAAUUUUAAAGUUCGAAAUGAAAACAGAAGCAGUAUCGAAGGAAAGCAAGUAAAACAUAUUGAAGCUACUGAGACAAAACAAGCUCAUCAACCUAAUACAAACCAGAAUCAGCCAGGGAGAGGUUUUGAGCCUGAAACAGAAAGAAGCGCAAGCUAUGAGCUAGAACAUGCUCAGAUAAGUCAAAAGGAUGCUAAGAAAGAAGGUAUAUUAUCCAAAACUGAGGCUACACAGAGGAACAAGAAGGUGACUAGACCUGAAAUAUCAGCUAUUGCAGACUAUGCUCGACUGAAAGUUAUUGCUGCAGAAGAUGACACAAAAGACCUUGAAAUAUUUCCAAAAACUGACUUCUACAACAGUUUUGAUCAGCCGGCUUCAAGAAUUUCUAAAGAUUCUCAUGGAAAGGCGUCAGAAGAUAUACGAGGAGAAUCAAAAAGAGAAGCCAUUUUAAGAGAGAAAGGUCAAAAUCUCAAGCAAACACCAUCAUUGCCCCAAAAGCACAACCCCAGUAUAAGAAUAGCUGAAACAACUCCUGUAUCAUUGGUAGCAUCAGGUUCACAAGGUAGAGCUGCUUCAACUCAACCAAGGACUCCAGCAAUUUAUAGGAAAUCAAAUACUAAACAAACUGUGGAGCAAACAAAAACAGGAGAAAGUUACAAAACGUACCAGUCCAGGAAUCCCCAAGGAGACAAUAUUGCAGCAUUGCAAGCUGAAAGUACAAUAAACCGAUCUAGACAACCGGCUCAUGAUAAAAUGACGGAAAAUACUAGCUUUUCUCAUUCUGGAAGACAAGUGUCUGGUAAUGUAAAACCAGCACACAACCAAAUAAAUAUGGCAUCACCACCAGAAGAAGAAAUGGAAGAACUACAAUAUUACACAGUGAAUGCUCUUGAAAUUGAACCAAAGCCAAAUAACACACCUGAGCCACCUCAUGAAAGUCCCAAAAUUUCCCAAAACAAAUCAGAGGAGGACAAAAAGGAAGACAGCUUGUCCUUGCAGAGUCCAACAGACUAUGGUAAAGCUAACAUGACAGGACCCCGAUCCAACUCUUCUUCUCCAGCCAUGGGGAAACCCACCAUGUUCAGAGUGAAGGAUAAUACCAUCAGACCGUCUUCUGUGACCAAAACCGUGAAGCCACGCUUUCACAGGUCAUUCUCUGAUGACUUGAGGAUUGGUUCCCCAAAGGAACACUUGAGCGGUUCAGAGAAAGAAGAUGAAACUCAUCAAGAGUCUUCUAACCCUCCUCUCUUACAUGAGCCAGCUAUUGCUACCCAGCCGCUCCAGAAAGAAAAGGAAACACUCCACAACAACAUAUCCAUAGCAGAUUACGCAACAAAUAAAUCAAAAAGCUAUCAAAGAAGAAGUCAACAUUUUGAGGAAGAAGAAACUCAUUCGGUCAUCAGCACAAUGUCAGAAGAUAUGGAAACCUAUACAGCAAGACCUAUAGAUCUGGCCGACCUAAGUAUGGCCUUCAUGCCUAGGAAUGAAUUUUACAGAGAUUCCUACCAAAGGCCUGCAUCCGCCUGCUAUGAACGACCAGAGUCAGUCUGCUAUGAAAGGCCAGAAUCAGCCUGUAGUGAUAUAAGAUCAUUGGGUAAACCUCCAGUGGUGCCCCCCAAAUCUGAAAAAGCCCUUCGGCGAGCGCAAAGACUUGCAACAAGACGUCUGAAAAAGUCAGAGACUCCGAAGUUAGCACCUGAAAAUCAAGAACAACCAGAAUCCAAAUCAAUCAGUAUCAACUCCAGUGUUCCCUCUGCACCAUCGGAUGCACCGUCAUCACAUCAAGAGGUACAAGAUUCACCCCCUCUUUCACAAUAUGACAUCCAGCCAAAUUACUCCCCCCCUGCACACAGUAUAGUGGCGCAACCUUUCCCCGUGACACAGAGAAAGCUUUUGCAAGACCCAAACUCAGGGCAGUAUUUUAUGGUGGACGUACCUCUACCAGUUAAGACAAAGACUUUUUAUGACCCUGAAACUGGUAAAUAUGUACAGUUGAAUGUUCGUCAGAGGUCUCAGGGUGCUCUAACGCAGCCGGCAUCAGUCGAAAUGUUAAAUGCUCCUUACAUGCUGUAUCGUGGCUUUCUGCCAAUGGCUGCGUCCUCAUUAUCACCCUUGAGGUCAUCAUCUGAAAUGCCAACACCGGCUGCGCUAACAGUUCAUCGGGAUACGCUUGAGACGGGUAGCGAACCGUGGACUCAGAAUGUUCAGAAUCACAGCAGAGGUUCUCAGCAAUACCCUGAAAUACAGUAUGGGUCACAUGAGCAAAUUCACAACCCAGCUUUGUAUGCCGAAAACAACAUUGGUGACAAUGACAGACACAGAGACAUUAUAACUAUGAGUGAAUUAGAGGACUUUGCGAUGGAAAGCACAUGACAAGGAAAGAUAGUUUAAAUAGGUAAAUGCUGUUUGUACACAAAUCUAUUAUUUUAUGACUGUAUAUCUAAGCUGUUUAAAUGUGACUUUUAAAUUAAAGGUGUUUAAUUUGUAUUCAAGGAUUGCUAUUAAACUGCAUUGGGUUUUGUAGCCGAAGGGAAGGGCAUGGGCUCUUUAUUCUCAGAAAAAGUCAAGGGAAGAUCUGCGAAGCAUUCCAAUGAAUUAUGUUAUGUUGAAAAUAAUUUUGCAGUGUUCUUAUUUAUAAUACAAUAAAGACCAUACCCGGUGCGGUGGCUCAUUGGUUAGCAUGAUCGCCUCACAGCAAGAAGGUUGCUGGUUUGAGCCCCAGCUGGGUCAGUUGGCAUUUCUGUGUGGAGUUUGCAUGUUCUCGCCAUGCUCGUGUGGGUUUCCUCCGGGUGCUCUAGAAGUACUAAUAACAUAUGCUGGAUAAGUUGGCGGUUCAUUCCGCUGUGGCGACCCCUGAUUGAUAAAGGGAUUAAGCCGAAAAGUAAAUGAAUGAAUGAAUUAAUAAAGACCAUACCCACGCAGCACACAAUACAUUCAGGGGAAGUGACUUUAGUAUUUUAUGCUAAAUACACCCUACAACCUAUAGUCAGAACCUUUAUUGAUCUUUCAAAAAAUAUAUUUUGCCAUGUUUUCCUAAUGGCUCUCAUUGUACAUGAAAACUGAAAGUUCAUUCAUUCAUUCAUUCUCUUUUUUGGCUUAGUCCCUUUAUUAAUCAGGGGUCGCCAAAACUGAAAGUUUGUCAGGUUAAAAAAUUUGUUUAAGGCUGUUUGCCAUAUUAAGGCAACUUAUCCGUUGAUAUUCUUUUGCAGAUCACAUAUUAAAAAGAGGAGUCUGUCUUUA